AUGAAGUCCGAUUUCAAGUUUUCCAAUUUGCUUGGGACAGUGUAUAGGCAAGGUAAUGUGCAGUUCUCCCAUGAUGGGAAUAUGCUUUUGUCUCCAGUGGGCAACCGUAUUUCUGUGUUUGAUCUAGUCAAUAAUAAAUCAUUUACAUUUGCUUAUGAGCAUAGGAAAAACAUAGCAACAUUCGAUGUUAAUAAACAAGGUACUUUGUUGUUGUCAGUUGACACAGAUGGUAGAGCAAUCUUGGUUAAUUUCAAGACUAGAAAUGUGUUACAUCAUUUCAAUUUUAAAGAUAAGUGCUACAGUGUAAAAUUUAGUCCGGAUGGCAGAUAUUUCGCUUUAGCUGUUGGCAGGUUUUUACAGAUAUGGAAGACACCUGAUGUCUCGCAGGACAGGCAAUUUGCACCAUUCGUGCGCUACAGAGUUCAUGCAGGGCAUUUUCAAGAUAUUACAUCAUUCACAUGGUCCCAUGAUUCUAGGUUCCUGCUAACAACUUCGAAGGAUUUGACCUCCAGAGUUUGGUCUAUUAAUUCCGAAGAUAAGGAACUGGUCGCCACCACUCUAGCUGGCCAUAGAGACUAUGUAUUAGGUGCCUACUUUAAUUCAACACAAGAGAAAAUCUACACAAUAAGUAAAGAUGGUGCUGUAUUCACAUGGGAAUACAUUUCAAAGGCACAAAAGGAAGGUCUGGAUGAAGAAGAUUUAGAGGAUGAAGAUUUAUCAAAAUUGAGCUGGAGAAUUACAAAAAAGAAUUUCUUUUACGCAAAUCAAGCUAAGGUAAAGUGCUGCACAUUUCAUAUUAAUAGCAAUUUACUAAUUGUAGGGUUUUCUAAUGGUGAAUUUCGACUAUACGAAAUGCCAGAAUUUGUGAUGGUCCAACAACUCUCUAUGGGACAAAACCCAGUCAAUACUGUAUCUGUAAAUAACUCUGGUGAAUGGUUAGCUUUUGGUUCGAGCAAAUUAGGUCAGUUGUUAGUAUAUGAAUGGCAAUCAGAAUCAUACAUCUUAAAACAACAGGGUCAUUUUGAUGCAACUAAUAGUUUAACAUACUCACCAGAUGGAUCCAGAGUUGUUACUGCUGCUGAGGAUGGUAAAAUCAAGGUAUGGGAUGUUGCGUCAGGGUUUUGUCUGGCCACAUUUGAAGAGCAUACAUCGGCUGUUACUGCUGUGCAAUUUGCCAAGAAAGGUCAAGUGCUAUUUUCUGCAUCUUUAGAUGGUACAGUUCGUGCAUGGGAUCUAAUAAGAUACAGAAAUUUCAGAGUAUUUACUGCUACUGAAAGAGUGCAGUUCACAUGUCUGGCUGUUGAGCCAUCCGGUGAAGUUGUAAGUGCUGGUUCAACAGAUAGCUUUGAUGUCUUCGUGUGGUCAGUACAGACCGGACAACUACUAGAUACUCUUUCAGGACAUGAGGGACCAGUCUCUUGUCUUGCCUUCAGUAUGGAGAAUGCAGUACUCGCUUCUGCAUCAUGGGACAAAACAAUUAGGAUAUGGUCAAUCUUUGGCAGAUCUCAGCAAGUAGAACCUCUGGAAGUAUUUGCAGACAUACUAGCGAUAACAAUCACACCAGAUGGUAAACACGUAGCUGUAUCCACAUUAAAGGGACAGCUAACAAUCUUCGAUAUUGCUAGCGGGAAGCAAAUCGGUAAUAUUGACUGUAGGAAGGACAUAAUCUCCGGUAGAUUCUUGCAAGAUAGAUUUACGUCCAAGAAUUCAGAAAGGUCUAAAUACUUCACUACUAUUAAUUAUAGUUUUGAUGGUAAGUCAAUUAUUGCUGGUGGUAACAACAACUCCAUUUGCCUUUACGAUGUUCCUAAUGAAGUGCUUUUGAAAAGAUUUAUUGUGUCAAGAAAUAUGAAUUUAAAUGGUACCUUAGAAUUUUUGAACAGCAGCAGAAUGACAGAAGCUGGCUCCUUAGAUUUAAUUGACAGUUCUGGUGAGUACUCCGACUUAGAGGAUCGCAUAGACGGCUCUCUACCAGGAUCUCACAGAGGUGGAGACAUGUCCACAAGAAGCUCUAGACCAGAAAUUAGAGUAACCUCUGUCCAAUUUUCUCCAACAGCUAAUGCAUUUGCAGCAGCCUCAACAGAGGGUCUCCUAAUAUAUUCAAUUGACGAAACAUUAAUUUUUGAUCCUUUUGAUUUAGAUAUUGAUAUAACUCCACAAGCUACUUUGGAAGUUUUAGCGGAAAAAGAUUAUCUUACAGCACUAGUCAUGGCAUUUAGACUGAACGAGGAAUAUUUAAUUAACAAAGUUUAUGAGAAUGUGCCAGUGACACAAAUCAAUUCUGUCUGCAAUCAAUUACCAGUAGUAUAUGUGUCAAGAUUACUGACCUUUAUUGGUAAUUUUGCUACAACAUCUCAACAUAUUGAAUUCAACCUAUUGUGGCUAAAGGCUCUAUUAAUAGCGCAUGGAUCUUUUAUGAAGCAGCAUGAACAUAUGUUUUCAUCUGCUACUAGGGCUGUUAGAAGAUUCAUUGGAAGAAUUGCGGAAGAUGUAACUUUUCUGUCAGCCACUAACAAAUACGCUUACCGUUUCCUAACAUCCACAUCAGGAAAAGGAGCUGAUUCAAGUGAAGAGGAAAUUCAAAAUAUAAGUGAUUCUUCUUCAAGUGAUGAAGAUGAUGUGGUCAUGCAAUCAGACGAUGACGAAGAUGGAGAAUGGAUAGGUUUCCAAGAGAAGAAACAACAACUUGCAUUAUCUGAAGACGAUAGCGAAUCAGAAGAUGAGCUAUUGCAAUGA